AUGCAGUUCAAGACCCUUGCCCUCGCUGCCGUCGCCCUCGUAGCCGUCGCCAACGCCCAGUCGUUCGAGCUGAACGCCUGCUCGGCCUGUGUCACCACCUCGUUCGCCAACGACACCUCCUGCUCCUCCCUCACCCCCGAACAGUCCGCCCUUCUCGCUAGCGGUUUCGCUUCUGGAAACCCUGAUGUCGUGAAGAUCUCGGCUGCGGUCCAGGACCCCUCCAUCAAGGCCUGUGUCUGCCACUGGGCCACUACUGCCUUCGCAGAGAAUGGAUCCGGUGCCGCCGGCCAUUGCUUCUUCCCAACCACCCCUGCCCCCGCCUGCAACUCCUCCCAGAUCGUCGAGGCCACCACCGGCAUCAAGAUGUUGGGCAGUGUUCUUAGCUGCGCUGCCGGCGGCGCCAAUGCCACCACCCCUACCAACGGUGCUGCCAACGGUACCACCCCCACCACCGUUCCCUCUGGUGGCGCCUCUGGUUCCUCUACCCCCAAGCCCGCUGCUGCCGUCCAGUUGAACAUGCCCUAUGUUCUCUCUGUUGCCGCCAUCGGUCUUGCCGCCCUUGCCGGUCUCUAA